ACGGAACAUAAAUGAAUGACGAGGUAUAAGGAAGGAGAUGACAGCUCUAUUUCAACGUCUCUGUUUUUUGCUUACCUUGCAUAAUAAGGUCGGGACCUUGUGAUCAUGAAGUAACAGAGGAAACUCGAAAUAGACAACACUGGACGCAUUGUUUUUUUUAAACUGAACGUCGAAUCUUUAUACUAAAUUGGUCUCCAGGACUUAUAAGAACCUCGAGAAUAUGAGGGGACUAUGUAGGGUAACCCGCCCUGUGUGGGAGAGGACACACCCCUGUAGAUUACCCCGUCCUGUGUGGGAGAGGACACACCCCUGUAGAGUACCCCGCCCUGUGUGGGAGAGGACACACCCCGGUAGAGUACCCCGUCCUGUGUGGGAGAGGACAGCGCUGAUCUACUGGUUUACAGCCCUCUAUCUGUGUGCCACAGUCCAUGGUUUGACUGACCCAUGUAAGCCCGGGUUCACAAGGAUCGGUCGGUGGUGUUUCUCUAUCCACACGGACCCCGCCACCAGGAACGACAGUGUCGCCAUCUGUGAACGGCUGGGUGGCGGCAUGGUGGUGCUGGACAGUGCCGAGAAAGAGAGGGCGCUCACGUCAUAUAUCAUAGAAAAUGACCUUCUCACAAUGACUGACCAGCGUCUGGAACUUUUCAAAGAUCUGGAUGUCAUCAUCAACGGGGAUGAUGAAACUGAAAAAUUUUGCAAAGACUUCCUUCAGUAUGGAACCAAGAGUAAAAAGUACCGACAUUUUACUAACAACAAGAUUCCUGUAGGUUCCCUUCCCGAGGACCGCGCUAACCUGACCACCCCCGCCGGGUUUAAGAUCGCCCUGUCCUCCAUCCCUGGGGCCGGUAUGGGGGCGUGGUCAGAGAUCCCGCUGUCUAAGUACACAGUGCUGGGGUCGUAUGAAGGUCUCGUCAGGAACGAUCUUAACGAUAAAGAUCCGUACUCCUGGGUGGUGGAUAAACUUGGGGCAAACGGAAGUUACGUCAUAGACGCCAUGCCGCUUGACUGCAGUAACUGGUUACGAUACGUAAAUGCUCCGCGUAACUUCCAGGAAGAAAAUGCGCAACCGGUUCUUUGCGCAGGUUUAGUUUUCUACAUGACGAUAAAAGACGUCCCGCCGGGGACUGAGUUAAUGGUGUGGUAUGGGGAUAACUACGGACUCCACCUGAACGUCAGCCGCGUACAUCCGGAACACGACCUAAACGCCACCGUGGUAUUCCGGAUUAAUGUCGUCCACAUCAAGGACAGUCUUGGCGAGGUCCUAGCCUAUGACGACGGGUCUCCACUCACCUACGAGAACUGGCUGGAGAACAUCACCUACACAGUCGUAGAGAAGUCUUUCGGCUUACUGCUGUCCUACGACUUACACAAAGAACGAUGGCGGUGGCUGCCAGAAAGAAACUAUAAUUACUUCACAGAAAAAGAGGGACUUUAUUUGCCAUUUAUUUGUGAAGAUUGGGACUCUGAACUCCCUGAGAGUUAACAAGAAUCCACUCAUAGAAAAUAAAACUAGUUUUCCAUAACACACCCUUGAA